AUGACUUCGCACUAUAAAACAACAUUGUUUUUUAUUCCUUUUCCAUCGCCUCUCUCGUUUUCAAUAAUAAAUAAUGAGAUACAACAUCUUACCCAAAAAAGGUUUCCCAUAAUUCCUUCUCCUUUUCCCACUUCUCCCAACCAUAAUAAUGGCGUCCUUUUUUGUUUUUCGUCACAUUGAUUUUUAUUUAUUUAUUCAUUUUUUUACCGAACUGUGCUCAAUUUUAUCAACCAACAAAACUAUUCCGUUAUUUAUUACGUUCAACUUUUGAUGAGUGAAUUUCUCCUACUGAUAACAUUCCCCUAUUUUUUAGAGCUUCACCAUUUUGUCGAGAUAAAAAAAUAGGCUUUUAGAAAAAAUGGAGCAUGAAAUUUUGUCUGAUUUUUUGUUUAUCUUUUCAAAAGUCAUAUCCAUGCAAUUUCUAUUUCACAUAAACACUUUUUUUCAAAUAGUUCAACCAAAAAAUGAACUUUUUCUCUCUCAUCCCUCUCUUUUACCCUCGUUCUCUUGCACUCUUUUUUCUCUCGAUAAAAACACACAAACAAACAAAAUUCUAAAUGUCAGAUAUUCAAAAGGGUAAGGCAACCUGAACAAUCAGUCAAUUGCUUCGAUAAAGAAAAACAUUCAAAGUAAGCAAACACUGUGAAAAUUUUCAUUUUUUUUAAUCAAAUAAUUUUCAGAUGACUGAUGUUUCACAACUCAUGCAAAAUUUGAAUAUCAGUGGAUCUGGUCACCCUUGGAAUCAAUAUUAUAGUUCCGAAAGAAGUAAAAAAGAACCAGUUGGAUAUAAACAAUUGUUGUCGAGAUGCAGUCUUGAACAAAUUCAACGUUUUCGAAACGCUUCUGAACAACUAUGGCUGAAUGCACCUCGAACUACAAAUUCGUCACAAAAUGAAAGAGCACAACUUCUGACAUCGGAUCUAUUUCCACAGGGACCAUUUGCCUAUUAUUCAGUUGCAUAUAAAUCCCGAAUCUCAUUGAUUUUGACACCGGUUUUCAACGAAGUUGCAGCACACGACAGACUGGAUUUGAAAAUAGUUAUAUUGAAUAAAAAUGCUCGAGACACGCUGAAUGAAGGAAAAGUCAAUUUAGAUGAUCAUCCGAUUGGAGAUGUUUUAUGUAUUACCAAACUUCAGCAGAACCAAACAAGACAAAAUAUCAGAAGAAUUGACAGAAUCGAACUGAAAGAUGUGCUAACUGUGCAUGGAAAAAACUUCUGGGAAGUGUGUGAGUUUUUUCCAAUGGGAAAUGAUAUUAUCGAAAAAGUCAUUACAACACCCUACAUCGAAGUUAUUAAAAAAGAUAUUAUAAAAGGAAAACGAAAACAAAAACGGGGAAAACCAGAUGAAAAAAUAUUGAUGUGUGUUGGAUCAAAUAUGGGAAAUGUAUUCGAAAUUAAUGAUAAAAUUCAACCCGGUGUUCGAGUAGAUUCUUAUGACUACUGUUUUUAUGCCUAUUAUCAAACCUGGACAAUUUAUAUCAUCAUUGGAACAAGAACAUUGGCUAACUGUUGCAAAAAUCUCACCAAAACUGAGAACUACCAACACGUAUCUACCAGUAGUAAUGGACUCCACAACUGCUCCCGAAUAUGUUCAAAAACUUUUCAAAGAUUAUCAAAAAGCAUUCGCAAUUCGAAAUCGAGCUGGCGCUUAUGAAGCAUUAAAAAUUGUUGUUAAACAUGGUUCAAAUGGUCUGAGAGCAAUACACGAUUCAAAAAUUGAUGAUAAUCGAUAUACAACCAGAAUUGAGAAUUACAAACGCGUUGAGCCAUUUGUAUUUUUCACAUUCAAACUUAUUGGAGCAAGUUUCACACCGCCAGCAAUGAAAUGGAAUCGAGCCGUGUCAGUUCAAAUAACUUCUCCAGUUUGUCUACCUUUUGUGGCUGAUGUUUUGGGUGCACAUAAAGAUAAAAUGGAUUUGAGAGUGAAAGCAAGAGCUCCAUCACAUUUCUUUGAUGAAUAUAUUUUGCGUGAUUUGAAAAGAUGUGAAAUAUCUGUAAAACAACGACGAGAAGUUAAAAAAUAUGAAAUCGAUUGGGAUAUCAAAGAAGGUACAAAUGCUGAUAAGUUUAUCCAAGCAAUUUAUGGCGGCCGAUCCCUAGUAAUACCAAAUAUUCCCAAAAUUCCUUCAAUUGAAAUUGGCGGUUUACAACUUCUUGCUACGCAAACUCGUUAUGCUCAAUUAAUUGCUCAUGAGAAAGUGCCAGCAUUGAUUGGAUCAAGUUCAUUUGGUUGUGGAAAAACUGCAGCAAUCGCAGCUGCUGCUUUAUAUGCUAUCAAAAAGAUUCCCGAACAAAUACAAAUGCUGACAGCCGUAACAAACAGUGCUGCUGUUUCAAUUAUUGAAAAACUUGUUCAACUUGAUCCAAAAAUUCGAAUUGUUCGAAUUAUUUCACCAGCAAAUAUGUUACAAAUACCAUCCACUUUGUUGACUAGAUUCGAUUAUCCAACAGUAUUGUUUGAACAUAUAGAACAUAUCAUUCUGAGAGAAGAUGCUGCUUCAGAUAGUCAUUCGUAUACAAUUCCUGAAGGACUUCUCAAACAAAUGUUAUAUUAUAUCAAAAAAACACAAUCAACAUUCGGAGGAUCACUAACAUCUGAGAGAUUGAGAAGAUUAUUCAUUCAAGCCAAAAAUUGUAACGAUGGAGAACUUCUCAAUUAUUUCAUGGAAACUAGAAAACCACAAAUUAUUGUUGGGACAAUUCAAACAAUUAUUAAUUCUUUUUCAAUGUCUUGGAGACCUUUUAUAAAUAUGAUUUCAACGAUUCAAAUCGAUGAAGCAUCUACAGUACCAAGAGAAACUCUUUUACAAGUUGUCUCACUAUUUCCAAACUCGAAAUAUUCAUUAGUUGGAGAUUAUCGACAGCUUUCACCGUAUUUUGAAAUGGAUGCAUCCAAACUUUUGAUUGAUACUGCGAUUGGAGAAACACUUCGAGAUUGUGUUACUCAACAUCUACUUCCGUCUGUUUAUUUCAACGGAGUUUUUAGAUUUCGGCCAGAAAUAACACAACAACUUGGAAAACUGUUCUAUGAUUCAUCUUUGAAAAGCUUAUACAGACCAUGUCACACCGAAGAAAAACUAGCAACAUGUGAAGCUUGGCGACUUCAACGCUCUAAUAAUUUCCCAAUGAUUUUUAUUGAUACAAUCCGAUCAAAAGCUAGAAUUAGAGGGCAAUCGUUGAGAAAUCAUCAAGAAGCUACGAUUGUAAAAAAUUUGGUUGAACAUUUGGUUGAAUUCAUUUCAACUGACGAUAUAGCGAUCUUAUGUUUUUAUCGUGCUCAAAUGAUGGAAUUACAGAAUUUGAGUGAAGAUUUCGGAAUACAUGUUGGUUGUGUUGAUUCAGGACAAGGUCGAGAAUGGCCAGUUUGUAUCAUCUGUACAACCCGAACAUCACUAAUAACAGACGACCAAUUUGUUUCGAAUGCUCGUCGUAUCAAUGUUGCGUUGUCUAGAAGUAAACAUCUAAACUUCAUAUUAGGUAACAAACAAUCUUUCACGCAAUCAAACUUAUGGAGUGAUAUCAUAAUGACCUGUCUAGAUGCUGGAACCCUAGUCAAAUCCUACGAAUUCAAUGCAAUUCUCAAAUCAGGUUUGUUUUGUAACAAAUUUUGUAACAAGAAAAACAAAUUUCUUCUUUUAGAAAACCCUAUCGAUAACGACCCACAAGGUUAUGACGAUGCAUACAUCGAUGAAGAACAAAUUGUUGAAGACGAACCAGAAAAUGUGGACGAAAACGGGGAAGAAUAA